GUUUGUAACCUUAUGUCAACGCAAACAAAAACUAUGUCAAAAUUAAUUCUAAAUUUUGUGUAAAAACAACAACAGUUCUCAUAACAAUUUUAUGUGUACAAAUCCAUGUGCUCCCGUAAUUUCGACGUGUAAUAAAAAUAUUGCGUGAUGGCUGAGAGGUCAGGAGAGGCGAGUCCCAGUGACGCUGCCACGUCUCCACAACAUGAAGAGAGCCAAUCGGGUAAUUGGUGGGACAGCUGGCUGUCUUCGGCCAAAAACAAGUCAGCAGAAGUGUACUCCAUGGUGAAGAAAGACCUGGACGAAAUAGGGAGCGCGGUCAAGAGUGAGGCCACUCACGUGUUCAGCACCACAUCCAACGUCAUAGGCAAGACCUUCAAGUUAGACGUACCAGAAUCGCCGGCAAAUGUUAUGAAAAAGAGUUUUAGUAGUUUCAUUGGUCAAGUGAGCACAGUCCUGAACCCAGAGCCGGAUGAUGAGGAUGACACGGAGGUCAUACUCUCGUCUGGAGACACAACUAUGCUGUCCACUUAUAAGAAAGAGCUAGAAGCACUUCAACGCGUGGACGCCACGUUCAUAGUCCCGGCAUACAGCCCGGAAUUCGAGGCGUGGCGGGGCAGCCUAGAGGGGGGCGAGGGCGAGGUCAUCGCCCCCGCGGCCGCCGCGCGCCGCCUGGACUCCAGCCCGCUGCUCAAGGCGCAGUACCGCAAGCUGGUGCCUGAUGCCGUCACGCACGAUGACUUCUGGGAGCGGUACUUAUUCCGGGUGGCGUUGCUUCAAGACCGACUGGCGGCCGCCUCGCGCAAGCAGCCGGUUGAAACGCCCACCACUGACCCGGUGCUCGCACAUCUGCCGCUGCAGACUGUAGUCGCGCCUAUAGAACAGAGCCCUAAGAAAGUGCUGUCGGGCAUAGAAGCGGAGACGCCGUUCGAAACACCUGACAUUGACAACGUUACCUGGGAGGAUGAAGACUUCGCAAACGACGUGGAACUGACCGAAGAACAACAGACUCUGCUGCUAGAAGAAUACGAGAAAGAGAUAACCUCGAAGAAAGUGACAAAAAAGCCGGCCCGUGACGCCACCAACAACAACGCAGACGGAAACGACGCACAAACCACAGACAAAAUUAACAAGACCACAGACAAAAAUAAAAACAUAGACAAGAAAAAUGGCCGCUCACCGAAAAAGGUUAAGGCUGACGACUGCGGAAAUUUAGUCGAAGAUUAUUUUGGGGACAAGGAAGUGAAAGACGAUGCGAGCGCCAAUUCUGACGAAAGUUGGGAGAAGGAGUUUGAACUCGAAGACGUAGAGCAGAAAGCCUAAAUUGGCUCGCAUCCGGCCAUACAUUCGGCAGAUUCACCACUUAAUAUAAUUUACUAGACGGCGUAUGACAUUGCUCCCGUUGAAAUUAGACUUGCCCGUUUUCACCAUCAAUCCCUAAUUUUUAAGUGAAUCCUAUAGUAACACAUAACAUUUUGACAUUGCAAAAUGGCAGCUAAAACAACUGCAAAAUGCCACAGUGUUUGUAGCUGUAAGCUUGAUAUGCCUUCGUCCGUACAUAAUACAAGUCGACAAGG